AUGGUUUAUGGAUACAAUUCAUCUUACUUUUCAUUAAAUAAGAUUGAUUGUAAGGCAGAGAUUAAAAAAGUCCAUGAGAAAAUGUUACGAUGGAUUAAUGAGGAAGGAGGAUCAAUCGAUCCUUUUGCGCACAAAACUUCUAGCGAUGGUAUUGAAUUGUUACACGAAUCUGCAAUAUUAUUUCUACUUGAAAUAAAAAAUGAGAUCGCAACUGGGGUUGUCAUAUGUUCUGCGCUGGGCUCGAAGUAG